CUAAUUUUCCUUACUUUCCCUCCACUAAGUAGCAAAACCACUUUUACUGGGCCGUCGAGUUUGUGACACUCAACGGACGGACCUACAGUCAUCGGAUUACACAGGAAAAAAAGUUUAUUCUCGCACUAAACUUUAUCAACUUUAUCAGAUAUGAUUUACUCAUUGCGCUGUGGACCUUACCAGUUCCCAAGACAUCGAUAGUUUCAGAGAGAGGUUCCGGAUAGUUCCAGAGUUCCACCUAGUCAAAACAAGAAUGGAGAGUUUAAAUACAGUGGUAGCACUAGCCAUUGGUAUUCUAGCCGCAAUCACCAUUGCAGCGGUUGUUGCGUUGGUAGUGGUUUGUAAAAACUGCCACUGCAGACACGUUGAUCUCAUUACCAUGAUGCACAAAGAAAGCAGCCCCAGUGUCCAGCUACUUCGGACAUUGGGCAGUGGCGGUGGUGGUGAUCAGAUGGAUCCAGAAGCCAACACGGUAGAACUGGAUGACAUUGAUUUUCUCAAUACUAAGCUGGAGGAGGUUCUACGAGACGAGCACUAUAUUGAAGAUGCUACUGGUUUGGUGCCUCAUUGCAUUGCCAUACUGAAGACGUGUCAUUACCUCACAAACAAACUGGUUGCCAUGGCAAUGAGCAGCUCCCAGCAGAUUCACACUGUAGAAUCGAUGAAUGACAUAGUGGCUGUGACAAAACGGAUUUGCCCACGGGUCGAUGAUGUUGUUCGUUCCAUGUACCCACCACUUGAUCCCCGUCUACUUGAAGCCAGGUGUACAGCCCUUGUAUUAUCCCUGAAUCACCUUGUCUGUGUCGUGAAGAAUGCCUACAGCUUGGCCGGAACCCUUGAUUGGACUGAUCAGUCCUUAGCUGAUGUUGAGGACCAUUUGAAGGUGCUGAAAGAAGCAAGUGUCUGCUUCGACAUGAACUGCUGUCUCCCUUCAGUGUCUUCUACAGAGGAGAACCACAAUACUCUACAGCAACCCAUCAUACUGCCUAUACAGGUCAAAGAUGAAUCUUCACAAGUUUAGGCCUUCAAAUACAGACCUAUUCAUACCUGUAUAUUAUGUGUGUGCGUGUGUGCAAUUAUCUGUUUGUAUAUAUGUGUUUGCAUGUAUGUAUAUAUAUAUAUAUUUUUGAUUUUUAAAUUUUUAAAUUUUUAAAUUCUUAAACUUCAAAUUUUUUUUUUAUAU